CGAAACAUUCAGUACUAUAGUAUGAAUAUCGCUACAAAAUGUCCGGUCCAGCCCCAUCACGUGCCUCUCACGCGACAGCCGACAGCCGGCACACCUCGCCGCUUCUUUUACAAACUCCCUCUCCCUCACCCUCACCCUCACCGACGCGAACCAACAAGCUCUCUCCCAACCCAGAAGACUCAACGACCACCGUUACCCAAUCACAGUCUGAUACACCACCACCAAUGAACGACGACGACGACGAACCAACCGCCACCCUCCCGUCGCCGGCGACGGCGCCGCGCCUGUCCCGACCACCGCCGUUGAUGCCCAUCCGCGAGGACUGCUGGUCCGAGGACGCUACUCACACUCUCAUCGAAGCCUGGGGCGAACGCUACGUCGAGCUCAACCGCGGCAACCUCCGUCAGAAGCACUGGCAGGACGUCGCCGACGCCGUCAACGCCCGUCACGGCCACGUCAAAAAGGCUCGCCGUACAGAUAUCCAGUGCAAGAACCGAAUCGACACUCUCAAGAAGAAGUACAAGAUCGAGAAGGGAAAGCUUCUUGAAUCGAACGGUAACUACACCAGCCAGUGGCCUUUCUUUCCCGCUCUCGAAUCCCUAAUCGGCUCCUCCUACAAGCCCUCGCCAUCGUCUGCGCCUCACCGGAGAACACCGCAGCUACCGGCUCUGCCUCCUCCGUCCUCGGUGCCGGUCGGUCCCCGAUCCAAACGUCCGGCGAUUACUCCGGCGCCGGCGCCGGUGCCGGUUGAUGAUUCAUUUUUCCGGCGGAACUUUUCUGCGAUUGCUGCAGCUGCUGCUGCGGCGGCUGAGGCAGAGGAGCAAUCGGAAACGUCGAGGUCAAGGUCGAGCGAGGGAAGCCGGCGGCGGGGCGGGGACGAGAAGGAGUGGUGCCGGGAGCUGGCGGAGGCCAUGGAGAGGUUUGGAGAGAUAUAUGAGAGAGUUGAGGAGGCAAAGCAGAGGCAGAUGGUAGAGUUGGAGAAGCAGAGGAUGGAGUUUGCUAAGGACUUGGAGAUACAGAAGAUGAAGCUUUUCAUGGAUUCACAGAUUCAGUUGGAAAAGAUUAAACGUGCAAAGCGAACUUCGGAAGCUGAUAGUUAUUCAUAGAUGGCCAUGAUGGGGAACUGUGUUAGCUGUGAAGGUGGAAGUUAUAGGUUGUUUAGUCCAGCAAAUACGUAGGAUUAGGUAAGUUUGAAGAACUGGAUAUUGCUAUGGAUGGAGGUGUGAAGCUUGGAUGAAAUGUUUUUGUUGCAUUAUAUUACCUCCUCGUUUGUGAAGCUUUAUUUAUUUCCUUUUGCUUUUUGCAAACAUCAUGUUAUGAACAUAAAGGGUGUUAACAUCUUACUAAAAAGUUACAUGUCCUUUUUGUCUCAA